AUGGUCCGGCUUGUGCGUUCAGGACUGCGAAGUUUGAGCACGACUGAUGCUCUGACGGCUGCCCUGAUAGCUGUCAACAACGGCAAAAUGAUGGUAGGGAAUACCGCCUGCCUCGGUGCUUUGGAUAUUGAGUUAGAGCCGACGGAAGGGGAGGGAAGGGUCAAGGUGCGGGUGGCUGUGCCCUGUGUGCCAUCAAAAGAGUCGCUUUACAACUUUAACAUCGUGAAGAACUGUAAUGCUGCUCAAAUCCUGUGGGGAACAUCCACGUACCGGCAGGCUGUGGAGUUCGGUACGUCCGUGCUGGCAGAGGCCAACAAACACAUGCGGGAGGCUCUGGGCAGCCCAGCCGAGCCGAUUUUCCAAGAGCUCCUUGAGGAGCUCGCAUUCUCGCUGUUCUCGCGAUGCGGGCGUUUCUCCCGGCGGAUGGCCAAAGAAGCCCUGUCACCUAUGGAUGCCCGAAAGCCCGAGAGCAUCUGGUUCCGAGAAGACGGUUCGGUUGCGGCUAAGGCAGUCGGAUGGGUUGGUGACGUGUGGUCCGACUCCCUAGCAGUUCAAUACCCUUUGCAUCACCAAUCGUUGGAGCAACGCAUGCUGCCAUGGAUUGUUCGUGGAGUGGACCUGCUGACACUUGCUACCAUGCGCUGGGGUUGA